CCUUUGCUCCUAUAAAUAAACGUUUUCAGCAGGUGCAUAUCAUUCCUCAUCCGACUAACAACACUUCAGCAACAUGAAACGUGCUACAACUGUCUUGGUUCUAGCGAUGAUGAUCGGAGCUGCAUUGAGCUUCUAUGACGAAGAGCAGCCCCAACCUGUCCUUCACCGCGUUCGUCGUGGUCGUGGUUAUCACGGUUCAUUGAGUGGAGUUAAUACUGUGGUCGACGGUAUCGCCCUUCACGCGGUCAGUACUGGAGCCAACAAUUUCGUCAACGGAUACCGGGCUAGCCAAAACUUUUUGGCCUCUGCUGCUCGUGGUAAUUAUGUUGCCCAGCAAGGUGGUCUUCAGGCUGCUGCAUGGGCGGCCAAUGGUGCAGCCCAAGCUGGAUUCCAUUACAACUCGGUUGCCAGUAGUGGGGCUGGUUAUCCAUCCAACGUAGCUGGCUACAAAGGAUUCCCCAGCUAUGGUCGCUAAAAAAUACUUGAUUUAGGCACAAUUUCUAUUGUUACUCUGCAUCUCCUUUACCUUUUUACGAAUUCCAUAUGCAAGAGCUGCGAAUGGGCUGUAACUGGUCGCAUUCUUAGCAUGUUUAACUGGAAGGAUAGAACACAAAUACACUAUAUGACUUAACGA